GCCGACAGCGUCCCUAUGGAGACGGCUCCUGACGUCACGGCCGCGCCGAAGGGCGGCUCCUCCUCCUCGUCGUCCUCGUCCUCCUCCUCGUCGUCCUCUUCCUCCUCCUCCUCCUCUUCCUCGUCCUCCUCCGACUCCGACUCCAGCUCCAGCUCCUCCGAGUCCGGGCCCCCCUCGCCGGCACCGCCUGGCCCCGCCCCUGACGGGUCCCCCAGUGCCGCCACCACCACCACGGCCACGGAAGGGCCGGCCCCGGCAGCCCCGGCACCCCCAGACCCGGCAGCCCCGGUGACCCCGGCCCCAGCCCCGGAGCCCGCGGCGGCGGCAGCAACAGCGGCGGUGGCAGCAGCGCCGCCAUCGGCGGAGACCCGGGAGGGCCGUGCCGCCACCGUCACCCGCCGCAAGCGGCGCCGCUCUUCCUCCUCCUCCUCCUCGUCCUCCUCCUCCUCCUCUUCCUCCUCGUCCUCCUCCUCCUCCUCCUCCUCUUCCUCCUCCUCCUCCUCUUCCUCCUCCUCCUCCUCCUCUUCCUCCUCUUCCUCCUCUUCCUCCUCCUCCUCUUCUUCCUCCUCCUCCUCCUCCUCGGCCCCUCCCGCCGCCGCUCCCGCAGCCGCCCCCCCCCAACCCUCCUCUUCCUCCCCGCCCCCCCCGGACCCCCCCGACCCCGCCAGCGCCCCCGCAGCGACCCCCACCCCCUCCAAAUCCCCCCCUCCCCCCACCUCCUCCGCCCCCCCUGCUUCCACCUCCACCCCCACCCCCUCCACCCCCACCCCCACCACCUCCUCUUCCUCCACCUCGGAGCCCCGCCCCCCCCUCCUCUCCCUGGUUCCCGCCAAAACAGGGGGCGCGGCCACGGCGGCCACGCCCCUCGCUCGCCCCCCCGGCUCCCUCCUCGCCCUCCCCACCGCCCCCUCAUUGGCCCGCGGCAUCGCCGGGGGCGGGGCCCGGCCCUCGCCCCGCCCCUUGGCCCCCCCCGGCUCCCUCCUCAGCCUCACCCCGACCCGGGCCGGGGGUGGGGGGGGGGCGGCGGGGGGGGGGCUGACCCCGAGGGGCCCCUUCCCGCUGCUGGGCGCGGGGGGGGGCGGCAGAGCAGGGGGCGGGGCUUUCCCGCGCCCGGCCACUCCCUUUUUGGCCACGCCCCCCGGGCGGGCGGGAGGGGGCGGGGCUUACCCGCGGAGCCCCGCCUCCUCCUCCUCCCCUUUCCUGCGCGGGGGGGCCGGUGGGGUGUGCGGGUUCCGGUCCUGCCUGCAUCGUUUCCAGGGUAACGGGCUUAUGGGAUGCGGCGGACGUAUGGGUGGGAGCUGCCUGCACCGUUUCCAUGCCUGAGCUCGGCCCAGUACAACACCGCCUUGUCCCAGUACGGCAGCGCCCAGUACCAGUACGCCAUCAGCGCCCAGUACGCCCAGUACGCGCAGCUGGCGGCCUCCCAGUACCCCGCCAGCGCCAGCAGCAGCACCAAUGAGGUGACCCCGUACACGGCCACGACCACCGCGGCGGGCGGCGGGGGGGCCGCGGGGGGGGACUCCCAGUACAGCACCAGCGCGGCCCAGUACGCGGCCAGCGCCGCCCAGUACGCGGCGUCGGGGGCCGCGGCCGCAGCGGGAGGGGGGGGCACGGACGCGGC